AUGCUGGGAGGCGGCGCGGGUGUAGACCUGGACCGGGUCCUGCCUGCCCCUAGCAGUGCUGCCAGACUCUUCUUCCUUGUCGUCGUCCUCCUCGUCGUCCUUUUUCUUCUCCUCCUCUUCCUCACCAUCAUCACUAUCAUCUUCCUCCUCCUCCUGCUCCUGCUUCAGCCGCUGCUGCUUCUCUCCCCAUUCCCUUGGAGCGGACCAUCCUGGUGCCUCUUUUGUGAAGCGGCGGCUGAGGAGACCUCGGGAUUCGCCAUGGCCAACGAAAAGCCGAAGGAAGGAGUCAAGACUGAAAACCACCACCACAUUAAUUUGAAGGUGGCAGGGCAAGAUGGUUCAGUGGUGAAAUUUAAGAUUAAGAGGCACACACCACUUAGUAAACUAAUGAAAGCCUAUUGUGAACGACAGGGUUUGUCAGUGAGGCAGAUCAGAUUCCGAUUUGAUGGGCAACCAAUCAAUGAAACAGACACACCUGCACAGUUGGAAAUGGAGGAUGAAGAUACAAUUGAUGUAUUCCAGCAGCAGCAGACAGGAGGUGCUUACUAAAAAGAAUCUACAACUCUUCUCCAGAACUGUGCUCCCAAGAAAAACAAUACAUUCACAAUUAGAAACCAAGAUUUGGUUCAUCCACAUCCU